AUGUUGGAAAUGGAAGAAGCUUUAAAGUACGUGCUCGUCCGAAAUGCCUUUUCUUUGCCGGUCAUCGAGCGGUACAAAGAGGUUAUCCGUUCAGAGAACCAGUCUGAAGUAAUCGAACACCUCCCCUGCGGACCCUCUGUUGGGUGGUUCGGUGCCAAAUCUGCUAAGAAGGUGCUUGCUUAUAUCCAUGGCGGCGGCCUCGUGAUGAAUGGCUCCGUAAUGCAAGUGGGGUUGGCCUAUAAUGCAUACAAGCUUCGGGGUCCUGACAAGGAUACAGCGGUGGCAUUACUGGCAUACGAUACCUGUCCUGUAGCACCCUACCCCACACAACUAAGGCAAACUGUCGCUUUCAUACAGCACUUGUUGAAGGACCACGAUCCUGAAGAUAUCGAGUUGUUCGGGGAGAGUGCUGGUGGGACACUGAUUCUAGCUCUCCUCCUCCAUUUUUCUCACCCACAUCCGGCGGUCGCACCGUUCUCUUUACCAUCCGGCCACCGGCUAGGACGGACACUACUCAUCUCUCCGUCUGCGCCGGUAGUGACAUCAGCAGCAUCUAUGACUGAGAAUAUUGGCAAAGACACUAUUACUCCUGAUAUGCUUUCGAAUUUGUGGGCCGCGAUUGAAGCUCACCACGAUCCUGAGGUCGAACUAGUCAAUCAUUGGCUAACACCGGCUAUUGUAUUGGAUAAGAGCUGGUAUGAAGACUUGCCGAUUGGAGGGAUCACAAUCCUCAUUGGGGCGUUGGAGCUCCUGCGGGACGAUAUAAUUAAGGUUGCAGGUGUCAUCAAGGAGAAACAUACAAGCAGCGUCGACAUCCAGAUAUUCCCCAAUGCGGGACACUGCCUCUUUCUUGUGGAGAAGAUGUUGGAUUUACCACGUUCUGAUUACUCAUUAGCCAUUGAUAGGUGGAUUGGCGAAGCGCACUAA